AUGAGCACACUGCUGCUUUCCUUCCUGCUGCCCAAGCACUGGCUGAUGAAUGUUUUCUCCAUUGUUACUUGGGGCAAGCAACCCCCUUGGAACCCACCUUUCUAUUGUGUCACCCACGGCCAUGUAGUAGGUGUUUUACCCAGCUGGGAGCACACUCUAAAUGCCGUUCUUGGUGUCCCCGAUUUCAAGUACGAGGAAGUUGACACUAUCGCCAUUGAUUCCUCCAUACAAUCUGUCAAUGAGACCAGAGUCUCCCUCAAAGAUAUCAAGAGGAGAUUUCAACGCGCUCAAGAAUGUAAUGUCAUUGCAGCACUCGACACCGGCAGUGGAAAGACUUUCAUCAGUAUUUUGCUCAUCAAAUGGAUCAUGCUACAAGAGUGCUCGCAGCAAAGUCAUCGUAUUUCUGGUACCCAAGGUAGCUCUGGUCGAACAACAGGCCAACUUUAUCACCCUGCAUACUCCUUUGGGAGUCAAAAGUUCAGUAUUGCUUACAUAAUUGCACAAUGA